AUGCACUUAGAGGCUAUCACAGGUAUGACAACCGUACACUUCUUGUGGGCACUUCAGCGAUUUAUUGGCCGACGUGGUCUUUGCCGCGUUAUAUACAGCGACUGCGGCACGAAUUUUAUCGGCGCUUAUGCUGUCUUGAAAACGAAUCAGCAGCAGUUUAUCAAAGAUGUCGAGCGAGAAAUCGUGCCUAAACCACCAGCACAAGACAUUCAAUGGCAUUUCAAUCCACCACAUUCACCCAAUUUCGGAGGACUCUGGGAAGCGAAUGUUAAGUCUAUUAAGUACCAUUUGAAGUGCACGGUGGGUGCAUCCAAACUCACAUACGAGCAGCUGACAACCGUGUUAGUACGAAUCGAAUCGUGUUUAAAUUCACGGCCCCUGUGCCCCCUCACAUCGGAUCCAGAUGACUUAUUCGUUUUAACGCCAGGACACUUCCGGAUCGGCGAUGCUCUGCUAUCAACUCCGCAAAUAGCUCCCAGCACUAAAUCCAUCUCGGCGUAA